UUUUUUCUUUUUAAUUUUGUUUGAGCCAUCAUAGGUAGAGGUGCGCAAUCCUCCAUUGUAGGAACGCAAUCACCACUAAAGCCUAAGUACUACCGAGACAAUACCAGGCGUCUCGUAGCCAUUGAGAGAGAGCCGAAAGUAAUCGUGGAGGGAGAGUCUUUUAGUGGUGAUUCUUUUGAUAUCGGUGCUCUUUUUGUUGAUUUAAUAAUUGAGCCACCAAUAGCAGAGCCACCGAUGUCGAUGCGUGCACACAUGCAUCCUGAGAGGACCACUCCUCUCAGUCCAAUAGUUUUACCAACCGAGACGGUGGAAGCACGUAAUGCUUUCACCAUUAAACCUGGUACACAUAAUGCCCUUCCCUUGUUUCAUGGGAAGGAGAAUGAGGAUCCGUAUGAGCACGUCCGUCAUUUCGAGGGCUUGGUGCGCACCCUGGCCACCACUACUCAGUGGGAGAAUGCUUGCCUUAAGCUUUUCCCAGCCUCGCUCAGGGAUAAUGCAGAUAAGUGGCUGCGGAUGCAGAAGCCACAAUCUCUCACGACGUGGGCUGCUGUCCGAGAUUUAUUCUACAAGAAAUAUUUCUCGGAAAGUAAAUCGAAGUACCUGACUCGCCAAAUCCAAUCGUAUAAGCAGAAAGAGGGCGAGUCGUUUUUAAGGUGCUGGGAGCGGUUCAAGGACUUGUUGUUGUCCUUACCACAUCAUGGUUUCAUGAAACACCAGUUGGUGUCAUUUUUCUAUUUGGGCUUGAAUGUUGCUACGGUCCAACAAAUGGAGUACCUCUGUAAAGAGGAGGAUUUUCUAGAUAAGUCCCCGGACGAUGCGUGGGACUUUCUCGAAGAGUUGGCCGAGAAGCACCGAAGUUGGGAACCUUCCGACCUCGGUGAUAGGGCCAUGGCUGCACAGGGACCCAGUGGGUCUGGCAUUUUUCCUUCUAGUGUGCGAGAGCACAAUGUCCAGUCUCAGCUGGACAAGAUGGCUAAACAAUUAGAGGACUUGAAGCUUAAGCAAGUCCAUCAGGCGAAUGAGGUGAAAGUCGAAGAGGUGUGUGCGUUAUGUGAGUGUCCGGGGCAUCUUGUCACUGCUUGCCCCGCAUUUCCCAUUGUCAAAGACGCAUACCAUAGUAACCAGGCUGAGGUGAACGCACUUAACCAGCGUUGGGAUCCUUAUUCAAAUACCUACAAUCCAGGGUGGGCCCAAAACCCACUUUUGAGUUGGAGGGAUCAAAAAGCCCCGGUGCAACCCCAAGCACCACCUCAGCCACAAGUUCAGCAAUUCCGGCCUCCUCAAGGCCAAAUGACCCAAUUUCGUUACCCACCUCAGCAGCAGCAGGGGUUCGGUCCUUCAUCUUUUGGACCACCCCCAGGCAUAAACCAUCCCCCGCGGGAUAAACAGACUGAUGAGAUGAUGAAAGCUCUCAUGCAGUCUCAGUUAAGCUUCACUGAACAAACCAAACAGGCAAUUGGUGACAUUAGGACCCAAUUGACCCAGUUGACGGCGGCAGUUGGACAAAUCCAACAGGAGAAGGGAAAGUUUCCUUCUCAACCUUUAGUCAAUGCCGCUGGUACCCAUUAUGUGGGCGAUUCUUCUGGCCCAAGUAAUCCGAAUCUCAGUCUGGAAGAUGCUAAAGCGAUCACCACUCUCAGAAGUGGGAAGGUGAUUGACAAAGAUUUGCCCCCAAAGCAGAAAUCGGUGCCACCCUCGGUGCCGGUAGCUAUUCCAGCAAUCAUUCCAAACUUGGGAAGUGUUCCUGAAGUAGAGAAAGAGGCGGAAUCUCCUGAAGUGGUGGUGCCUGCAACUGCGGCCCCCACGACUCCAACACCACCCGUCGCUCCAUAUCCAAAUCGCUUGGUGGCGAAGCCUAAGGUCAAUGUGAACUUUCAAAUGCUUGAAUUAUUCAAGAAAGUUCAGUUUCCUAUUUCUUUGAUGGAAGCCAUUGACGCAAUUCCUCAGUUUGCUAAAGUCUUGAAGGAUCUGUGCACGUCGAAGCGGAGAACCAAGAGUCAGGACAAAGUGCUUCUGACGGAGCAAGUGAGCUCCAUUCUCCAAACUGAGAUCCCCACCAAGUGUAAGGACCCUGGUUGUCCCACCAUCCCUAUAGCGAUUGUAGGCCAAAAGUUCGAUAAGGCUUUACUAGAUUUAGGAGCGAGUGUCAACCUGCUCCCCUAUUCAGUAUACUUGAAACUUGGCUUAAGCGAUUUGAAAGCCACUCCAGUCACGCUACAGUUGGCUGACCGGAGUGUGAGAAUUCCAAAGGGGGUGGUGGAGGAUGUUCUAAUUCAAGUGGGCGAGUUUCUUUUUCCAGUCGACUUCAUUGUCCUGGAUACAUGCCCAAUACCAGAGGUCUUUGAAAAGACUCCUAUCAUCCUAGGCCGUCCAUUUUUAGCCACCUCCAGUGCUGUCAUGAAUUGCAAAACUGGACAAGUCCAAUUGUCGUUUGGGGACUUGAAAAUGGAGGUGAAUGUUUUCAACGUGGAUAGCCGGGUUGAGGAUGAUGAGGAGAUAUAUGAGGUGAGUUUGAUCGACACGCUGGUACAAGAGCAUGUCGAUAGUGUGUUAUACAAGGAUCCUCUGGAGAUAACCUUAACCGCCGAGGAGGCGUCAUUUUUAGAUUCUCCAGAGGUAGGAAGUUUAAUGGAGAUGCUUGCAGUGGAGGAUGUGUGUGGCGCCGCUUGGAACCCAGUUCUUGAGCCGCUGGGCGCCCCAUUUCCUACAGCUUUCCCAUCGUCUGUCCAGCCACCUAAACCAGAGCUAAAGCCUCUGCCGGACACACUUAAGUAUGCCUUCCUUAAAGGCGAUGAUACUUUUCCGGUUGUGAUCUCUUCAUCCCUUGAGGAAGAUCAAGAGGCUAAGUUGCUUACCAUGUUGAGAAAGCACGUGGGUGCGAUAGGCUGGACAAUAGCAGAUUUGCAGGGUAUUAGUCCAACGGUGUGUACACACCGCAUUUUUCUAGAUGAGGAUGUGAAGCCUACUAGGCAACCUCAGCGUCGUCUGAACCCCAAUAUGAAGGAGGUGGUUCGGGCUGAGGUGCUGAAGCUUUUAGAUGCGGGUAUUAUUUACCCGAUAGCCCAUAGUGAGUGGGUGAGCCCAGUGCAGGUGGUGCCUAAGAAAGCAGGAGUGACCGUCGUGAGAAACGGCGAAGGCGAACUAGUGCCGACCCGUGUUCAAACCGGGUGGCGAGUUUGUAUCGAUUACCGGAAGCUCAAUGCGAGCACCCGGAAAGACCAUUUCCCUCUCCCAUUCAUUGAUCAAAUUUUGGAGAGGGUGGCUGGCCGGGCAUUCUAUUGCUUCCUGGAUGGGUACUCUGGCUACAAUCAGAUUGAGAUAGCCAUGGAGGAUCAGGAGAAGACCACCUUCACGUGCCCUUAUGGUACGUUUGCCUACCGUCGCAUGCCCUUUGGCUUGUGCAAUGCUCCCGGAACCUUUUCAAGGUGCAUGAUGGGAAUUUUUAGCGACAUGGUAGAGAAGAUCGUGGAGGUGUUUAUGGAUGACUUUUCAGUUUUCGGGGACUCGUUUGACGAAUGCCUCGAGAACUUAGGAAAGGUCUUGCAACGGUGCGAGGAAAAGCAACUUGUGCUUAAUUGGGAGAAGUGCCACUUCAUGGUGACCCAAGGGAUUGUGUUAGGACACAUUGUCUCAUCCAAGGGUAUUGAGGUGGAUAAGGCGAAGAUUGAUUUGAUCGCAAAUCUUCCCACUCCAAAGUCUGUAAAAGACAUUCGAUCUUUCCUCGGUCACGCCGGUUUCUAUAGGCGUUUCAUUAAGGGAUUCAGUGCUAUCUCCCGGCCGUUGUGCCAUUUACUGUCAAAAGACACGCCCUUUGUAUGGUCCGAGGCGUGUAAGGAGGCUUUUCAGACAUUGAAGCGGAGUCUCACUACUCCGCCGAUUGUUCAGCCUCCAGAUUGGAGUUUGCCAUUUGAGUUGAUGUGUGACGCCUCCGACUAUGCAGUCGGAGCGGUUUUAGGGCAGAGGCGAGGGAAAGAGCCAUGCGUCGUUUAUUACGCGAGCAAGACGCUAAAUGAGGCACAGAUGAACUACACCACUACCGAGAAGGAAUUGCUCGCGGUGGUGUUUGCCUUGGACAAGUUUCGGUCCUACUUGGUGGGUUCGCAGAUUGUGGUGUAUACCGAUCAUGCGGCCUUGAAGUAUUUGAUGACCAAGCAGGAUGCGAAGGCUCGCCUUAUCCGGUGGAUUCUUUUGCUGCAAGAAUUCCACCUUGUGAUUAAGGAUAAGAAAGGGGUUGAGAAUGUAGUAGCCGACCACCUGUCUCGUCUGGAGUUUGAGGACCCCACCUCUCAUCUCCCCAUUGUGGAUUCUUUCCCUGACGAGCAGUUGUUCGCUGCUAAUGUGUGCCCAUGGUUUGCAGAUAUCGCCAAUUAUUUGGUGACUGGGCAAAUUCCACCCCAUUGGUCCACAGCUGAGAAGCAGCGAUUUUUGAGAGAGGUCAGGCAAUAUAUUUAUGAUGAUCCAUAUGUGUUCAAGUAUUGCGCGGACCAGAUAGUGCGCCGGUGUGUCCCCGAAACUGAUAAAAGGGGAAUUUUAGAGUUUUGUCACACCGAGGCGUGCGGAGGUCAUUUCUCCGCAAAGAAGACCGCCGCCAAGGUCAGUGAGUAUGGUUUCUUUUGGCCGAGUCUUUUUAAGGAUGCAUACGUCUUUUGUAAGUCGUGUGACCGGUGUCAGAAAUUAGGCAAGGUUGGCCCGCGGAAUAUGAUGCCCCUACAAAACAUUUUUGUGAUAGAGGUCUUCGAUUGUUGGGGUAUUGAUUUCAUGGGCCCGUUUCCGGUGUCAUACGGUUAUGAGUACAUCCUCCUGGCGGUGGAUUACGUUUCCAAGUGGGUUGAGGCAAUUCCCACUAAGACCAGCGAUUCUAAGGUCGUGCUAGAGUUCUUGCGAACUAACAUUUUGUCAAGGUUUGGCAUGCCACGUGCCAUUAUCUCUGAUCAGGGUACGCACUUUUGCAAUAGGUCUUUUGGGGCGUUAAUGAACAAGUAUGGCAUCUCUCACAAGGUGUCUACUGCCUAUCACCCUCAAACCAACGGUCAAGCUGAGCUAGCAAAUCGCGAGAUUAAGGGGAUUCUAGAGAAGACCGUGAACCCGAAUAGGAAGGAUUGGUCACUUCGGUUGACUGAUACCUUGUGGGCCUACCGCACUGCUUACAAGACCGUGUUAGGUGCUUCACCCUACCGGCUUGUUUAUGGUAAGGCCUGCCACUUGCCCGUUGAGAUGGAGCAUAAAGCCUAUUGGGCCAUUAAAACGCUAAAUGCGCGUUUACCUGAGGCGGGUGCCCAUAGGAAGCUCCAGUUGUGUGAGCUCGAGGAAAUUAGGAAUGAUGCGUAUGAAAGUGCGAGUAUUUAUAAGGCUAAGGUUAAAGCAUAUCAUGAUAGAAAUAUUCAGCGCAAAACCUUUAGUGUUGGUCAGAAAGUGUUACUGUAUAACUCGCGCCUUCAUUUAUUUCCUGGUAAGUUGAGGUCCCGGUGGGACGGUCCCUACAUUGUGCAUAAGGUUUAUCCGAAUGGGUCGGUAGAUGUUUGUGACCCUAAGAAUGGUAAUAUUUUCAAGGUUAAUGGACAGCGUCUAAAACCAUUUUUGGAAUAUGUAGAAGUAGGUGAACCAGAUGAAUUGUUGGUCGAUCCUGUUUAUUCGGAUGACCAUGUUGUGUAGCCGUUGGGCUACGUUCUGAUGGGUAGCUUUCGCGUACCACUGUCUUCACUAAGAAGUGGACCCGGCUCCUAGCGAUAGGGGUACCCAUCAUUGACUUGGGUUUUGGGAAUAAUCUUUGUACACUCGUUCUUUUAUUUCUUGUUAAAAAAAAAAAAAAAACAAAAAAAAAACAAAAAAAACAAAA